GUUUUUGAUCUUCACCUGUGUAAAAGAUGGGCCUGAUUUCCAGAAGAUCUGGCACAAAAAUCAGGUUGGUUGGCCCAUCAGAGCCAAUUGCAUUUGUAUGUGGCUCACUUGAUAAGCUGACACCAGACAUGUCACUUGCCCAUGAGUGCUCUGCUCUGGCCUAAUUUUCAGGCCAGGGCUGCACGAGGGUCCGACUUCGCUCAUGUUCACCCACAUGCCAACCUGGGCUUGUGUAAUGUUUAAAGGUGCGUGUGGGUGUGGGCGUGACGGAGACGUACAUUGUACAGCUCUCUGCUGAGAGUUGGUGAGCUAUGUUUGGGUUUUCAGAUUUUUUUGUUUGACUGCUGGCCACCCCCUGGCUCAUUUAUCCAAACUGCCCAUAAGGCAGGUCUCGCCCAGGAUGGCCCAUUCCAAAAUCCUCGACAUUCGAAGGCAUUAGCUAAGGAAUGUGGGCCACCACUUGAAGGGUUGAGAUCUUUCAAUCUGGAAGAAUUUCGGCACGUGGGCCAUCCAGGGUAUGGUCUCUCAUCCCAAUUGUUCGGAUUCAGUGGACCAAGGACCCUUGUAUAUAGACAUCCGGCGGGAACAGGGUAAGGUUCCUGGGCUAGUAAGCCUCCAACAAGUCCAAUUGUGUGGCUAGAAAUUCUCCCUUUAUCUACUCUACAAUUCAACUCACAAAGCUUUAUAUAGCUUACAAAGUUCCUUCUCAUCAAGGUAGCUCUCCUCAAUGGAGGCCUUAUCUACCUCAGUUUCUACACUUAGAUUCUCAAGCCUCUCCUCAACAGCUCGAGAACCGCAAUAUCUCUUUAGGCCUUCAACCACUCACAUCCCAUCACAGCCCCACAUCUCAAACUGGACCACUUCCUCUCUCUCACUGCCCCUUGAACCCCACCUCUCCACCAAAUCCUCUCCUACCAUCACUACCAAUGCCACCCAACAUCCUUUCCUCUCUCCAUCUCCUGGCCCACCACUCAAACCAUCUGCCCUCUUCCAUCGGACGGCCGCAAGCGGCUACGCAGCUGCGCUCCUGGACAUUGCGCGGUGCAACAAUGAGGUGGAUGGCACCGUGAAGGAUGUGCAUAGGCUAUCGAAGCUGUUGCGCAGCGAUUUGUUACGCUCCUUCAUGGCCGAUCCAACAGUCAAGGAUGAGAAGAAGGGGGAAGUUUUGGAGGAGGUUGCACUCAAGGUGGGGUCCACCAAGCAUGUAGGGGUGUUGGUGAAGAUGUUGGUGAGGAAGAGGAAGGUGGGGUUGGUGAGUGAGGUGAUGGAGGAGUUGAAGAGGAUGUAUGAUGAAUGGUGUGGGAUGAGAUCGGUUUUGGUUUGUUCGAAGGAGAAGUUGGAGGAAGACCAGCUGAGGGGGAUAGCCAAGGAUGUCCAAAUGAUCAGUGGGGCCACCAAGGUGAAGGUUAGGCAUGUUUUUGAUGACAGCUUACCUAACUUUGUAAUGUGACUUUCAUGAAACUUACAAGUCUUAUCAUGCUAGUAAAAUAAAGAGAAAAAUUGCAAAUUUCUUUCCUUCUUUGUUACGUGUGGUAG